AUGGUUCUCCUAGUAACUUCUGACAAUGAGCAGUUCACCGUCGACAAGGACGUCGCCGAGCGCAGCGUUCUCAUCAAAAACAUGCUCGAGGAUGUUGGCGAGACCGACCAGCCUAUUCCUCUUCCUAAUGUAUCGUCAGCGGUUAUGAAGAAGGUCCUGGACUACUGCGAGCACCACCGAGGGGAGCCUCUGCCUACGGCUGAGACUGACUCACAGGACGAGACUAGGAAACGGACGACUGAUAUUGGCGAGUGGGAUCAAAAGUUUAUCGCCGUUGAUCAGGAGAUGCUCUUCGAAAUUAUCCUUGCUGCCAACUAUCUCGAUAUCAAGGCCCUCCUUGAUGUGGGUUGCAAAACCGUGGCCAACAUGAUCAAGGGUAAGACCCCUGAGGAGAUCCGUAAGCUGUUCAACAUCGUCAACGACUUCACGCCUGAGGAAGAGGCUCAAAUUAAGAAGGAGAACGAAUGGGCUGAGGAUCGCUGA